CCGCUCCGCCAGCCCUCCCGCUAGCCGUCCAGCUCCAGCCACCGCCGCCGCGACUCCCCGAGCUGAGCCCCAUGGCCCGCACCGCGACCCGCGCUCCCCGGCUCCUCGGCGCCGCGCUGCUGCUCCUGCUCCUGGUCCCCGCCGCCCGGCGCGCCGCAGGGGCGCCCGUCGUCACCGAGCUGCGCUGCCAGUGCCUGCAGACCGUGCAGGGCAUUCACCUCAAGAACAUCCAGAGCGUCAAGGUGACGCCGUCGGGCCCCCACUGCGCCCACACCGAAGUCAUAGCCACUCUCAAGAACGGACACCAAGCCUGUCUCAACCCCGAAGCCCCCAUGGUCAAGAGAAUCAUCGAAAAGAUGCUAAGCAACUCCAACUGACCAGAGGAAGGCGGAAGCAGACUGGUGGCUGCACCUGAAUCCGGCCUUGCCCUUACAGGAAUCGAAGAGGAAAAAGUGGAAUCGUCAGCGCCCAGUGCCACCAGAAUUGGGCCUCAUACGUUUUGAGCGUCUCUUAGGAGAAGCCUCCGAUUUAUUUAUUUAUUUAUUUGUUGGUGGGCUGGUUUUCAGAGAUUCUCUGCCACUAUUUUACAUGCAACGUAAUUAUAGGCUGCGAUUGAAUCUCUUUGCGGCACUGUGCCGUUAUUUUUAUUGUUUAUUUUAUGUUAAACCCAGCUUAGUUCAACCCUGAUUUUUAUUUACUUUGAAGGUAAAGGUUUGCACAUAUUCCCAGUCAUUAAAUUAAUACUUCUGAGGAACCCACAGCAUACCAGCCACUGCGACAGUGGCUGGGGCAUCCAAGUAGAGAGUGAGGUUGUUAUCAGGCUGGGGGAAUGUAUGUGCACAACUAUUUUUGUAAUUGUUUAAAAGAAUGGCUGUUAUUUAUUGAAAUGAUGUCACAGUAUGUGGUCAACAUUUCUCAU